AUGGCCGCAAGCAUGAAUAAAUGGUUUACUCGGCUUGGAAAGUUCGGGAUUGGCUUAGCAGCUGCUGGGAGUAUACUGCCACUUGUGCUCUAUAACGUUGAUGGUGGACAACGCGCCGUUAUAUUUGAUCGGUUUAAGGGUGUCCGACAGUCUGUUGUGGGUGAAGGCACCCAUUUUAUUAUUCCGUGGGUCCAGAAGCCUAUUAUCUACGAUAUCCGCUCUAAGCCCCGAAAUAUUCCUGUCAUGACUGGUUCAAAGGACUUACAAACUGUAAACAUCACUCUCCGUAUACUGUACCGGCCACAAGCUGACUUGUUACCAAAAAUCUACUCCAAUCUCGGCUUCGAUUACGAAGAACGCGUCCUUCCCUCAAUCACAACAGAGGUCCUCAAAGCUGUAGUCGCGCAGUUUGACGCUAGUGAACUCAUCACUCAACGAGAGCUCGUUAGUCAGAGGGUUAACGAUUUUCUAACGGAACGUGCUGCUUCAUUCGGUAUUCUUCUCGAUGAUAUUGCUUUGACCCAAAUCUCUUUCACGACGGAGUUUGCUGCAGCGGUAGAAGCAAAGCAGGUGGCUCAACAGGAGGCUGAACGAGCUCGCUUUCUUGUCGAGAAAGCGGAACAACAGAAGUUGGCAGCGGUCAUCAGCGCAGAGGGUGAUUCUGAGGCUGCAAAGAUGUUGGCCAAAUCUUUCGGUCAAUCUGGUGACGGUCUUAUUGAAUUGAGACGUAUCGAAGCGGCUGAGGACAUUGCCUAUCAAUUAGGCAAAAAUCGCAACGUCUCUUACCUUCCAGAUGGUGUAAACGCCCUCCUUAAUCUUCCCAGCAUGGGUUAA